ACUGGCAGUACUGCUAGUGGUUUGAUUUUGAGAAUAAAAUAAUUGCUUUUCCUGGUCUCACUGCUUGACACAAGUUAGUUUGUUACUAGUGCAUUCAUUUGCUGUGCAAGAAGCUUGGAUUUGCGUGCUGCUUCUGCUAAUACGAUAAUGCUUGCUCGUCAGCUUCGCGGAGUGGCGGCGCUUGGCCGACGAUGCCUGUCUGACAAGGCGACUUUCAGCGUAGCAGAAUGCACAACACACAAACUGGACAGCAAGCCGGCCACGUCGGUUGAGCUGACACGGGAAGAUGCCCUGUUGUACUACACGCAGAUGGCGACCGUCCGUCAGAUUGAGACUGCUGCCGACAACAUGUACUUGAACAAGGACAUCCGGGGAUUCUGCCAUUUGUGCCUGGGCCAGGAAGCAUGUGCAGUGGGAAUGGAGGGUGCCAUCACCCAGGAGGACGCAGUCAUCACUGCGUAUCGCGCCCACGGCUGGACAUACACGCGCGGCAUUUCAGCACUUGGAGUCCUUGCUGAGCUUACAGGACGCGAGGAUGGCUGUGCCAACGGCAAGGGUGGCUCCAUGCACAUGUACAACCAUAACUUCUUCGGCGGAAAUGGCAUCGUCGGUGCUCAAGUGCCACUGGGUGCUGGUAUUGCUCUCAAGAUCAAAUACAUGAAGGAGAGGAAAGUCUGCCUUGCCCUGUAUGGCGAUGGUGCCUCCAACCAAGGACAGGUGUUUGAGGCAUUCAACAUGGCUCAUCUGUGGAAGCUGCCAGUGAUCUUUGUGUGCGAGAACAACCAUUAUGGCAUGGGCACGUCGGCAAAAAGGUCCUCAGCUAGCACUGACUACUACAGCCGUGGUGACUACAUGCCCGGUCUCAGAGUUGAUGGCCAGGACGUCCUUGCUGUCAGGGAAGCGACGCGGUUCUCCAAGGAGUAUGCAAUGGACCAGGGACCCAUUCUGAUUGAGCUGGACACAUAUCGUUACAAGGGACACAGCAUGAGCGACCCUGGAACAAGCUAUCGCACUCGCGAUGAGGUACAGGAGAUGAGAAAGAACCGUGAUCCCAUCAUGCUUUUGAAGGACAAGAUGAUUGACUCCGAGCUGUGCACUGAGGACGAAGUCAAGGUCAUUGACAAGGCAGCAAAGAAAGAAGUAGCCGAAGCCAAGGAGAAGGCACUGUCUGGCAGUGAGCUCUCUGCCGACCAUCUCUAUCAUCACAUCUACUAUCGCACACCCGGCGUUGUAGCUCGCGGUACCGAGCCCUAUGAAUUCCAUGCGUCAGCGUCCGGUGGAGUUUGAAAAGAAAAUGAAGAAGAGAAACGAUCUAUAUCCGUGAAAUUAUUGCCUCCAUCGUCUGCUUGUUGGUCUCUGACCGUCAUGGCCAGUGCGCUCUGAUCAGCGCCUGUGUCCGGGUCACGCGUGCAGCCUUCUUGCCUUUCUUGUGCUCGCGUAGUACCUGUGUGUGGUGCAAGUUUGCUUCACCAAACACAUUUUAGACAAAUCCGGUUUUUUAUUCUUAUCAUUUUGUUCUUGUUUGCAGCGCUACUUUAAGUUAUGGCUAGCUUGAUCGUGUGUCACACACGCUAGAGUCUUUAUAUUUUUGGUUUGUUUGGAAAUUCUUUCUCCUGCUCGAUGUUCGAGGCAAGAUAGUUUGUCAUGUGUUGCAGCACAUGCGCAUCAUUUUGACACCAUUCUUUAUAGUUCAUAGUAAUUUUGUUGAUAUUUUUGUGUAGGGCUGCUGGUGCGCUUCCAGUGAAGUGUCGGGUACUCUUCUCUCCGCGCAUUGCAAGUAUCUACUCCAAUAGCCAGAA